CAAAAUGAAAAAAAAUCUCAUAAAAAAACGAACUAUACGAUCGAUUAUUUAGUACAUCAUCUUCCAUAUUUAUAUAUUCCACGUUGGAGGUUUUCGUUGGCACUUUUCGAGUUGCCGAUUAGUCUCUUAUUUAUAACAAAAUACAUGAUCUGCAAUGUUGACUAAAUUUGAAACAAAGUCAGCGAGAGUCAAAGGGUUAUCAUUCCACCCUAAAAGGCCAUGGAUUCUCACAAGUCUUCACAAUGGCAUUAUCCAACUCUGGGACUACCGGAUGUGCACAAUGAUUGACAAGUUUGAUGAACAUGAUGGCCCUGUACGUGGUAUCUGUUUCCACAACCAACAGCCAUUGUUUGUAUCUGGAGGUGAUGACUACAAGAUUAAAGUCUGGAAUUAUAAGCAGAGAAGAUGUCUCUUUACACUUCUGGGACAUCUUGAUUAUAUCAGAACUACAUACUUCCAUCAUGAAUACCCCUGGAUCCUCAGUGCCUCAGAUGAUCAAACUAUAAGAAUCUGGAACUGGCAGUCAAGAAGUUGUGCAUGUGUGCUGACAGGCCAUAGUCAUUAUGUGAUGUGCGCUCAGUUCCACCCCAGUGAAGAUAUGGUUGUUUCUGCAUCCCUUGACCAAACUGUUAGAGUGUGGGACAUAUCAGGUCUUCGUGAAAAGAAUCUCAACCCUGGCUCAGGAGGCUUACGAAAAAAGCAAGUCUCCCCUGGCCCUGGUGGAUUAGAGGAACAUUUGAAGAACCCUAAUCAGACAGAUUUAUUUGGCCAAUCAGAUGCCAUUGUUAAGCAUGUCCUGGAAGGUCAUGAUCGUGGCGUCAACUGGGCAGCAUUCCAUCCUACACUUCCAUUGGUUGUUUCUGGUGCAGACGACAGACAAAUCAAGAUGUGGAGGAUGAAUGAGGCGAAAGCAUGGGAAGUAGACACCUGUCGGGGUCAUUACAACAAUGUAUCUUCAUGUAUGUUCCACCCUCGUCAGGAACUGAUCAUGAGCAACUCAGAAGAUAAGAGUAUACGAGUCUGGGAUAUGUCUAAACGUACAGGUGUCCAGACAUUUAGGCGGGAACAUGACAGAUUCUGGAUUAUGACAGCUCACCCCACUCUGAAUCUGUUUGCUGCAGGUCAUGACAGUGGUAUGAUUAUAUUCAAACUUGAACGCGAGAGACCUGCAUUUGCUGUACACCAGAACAUUCUCUAUUAUGUCAAAGAGAGAUAUCUCAGAAAACUGGACUUCACAACCUCUAAAGACACAGCAGUUAUGCAACUUAGAAGUGGUUCAAGAGCUCCAGUAUUCAGUAUGUCAUACAACCCAGCAGAGAAUGCUGUUUUACUGACUACCCGAGCCAGUAAUUUAGAGAAUAGCACAUACGAUCUUUAUGCUAUCCCUAAGAGCUCUGACUCCCAGAACCCUGAUGCCCCAGAGGGAAAACGAUCAUCUGGGCUUACAGCUGUAUGGGUAGCAAGAAACAGAUUUGCUGUAUUAGAUAGAACACACUCGAUUGUCAUCAAAAAUCUGAAAAAUGAAAUCACUAAAAAAGUUCAGACACCCAACUGUGAGGAUAUAUUCUACGCUGGUACUGGGUGUCUCCUGCUUAAAGAUGGCGAUAGUAUCACAUUGUUUGACGUUCAACAGAAGAGAUCUCUGGCCAGCGUGAAGAUCUCAAAAGUGAAAUACGUUGUCUGGUCCAGUGAUAUGUCACAUGUGGCUCUACUCAGUAAACACAACAUUGCUAUCUGCAACAGAAAGCUGGACAGUCUGUGUUCAAUCCAGGAGAACAUCCGAGUGAAGAGUGGGGCUUGGGAUGAAAGUGGUGUCUUUGUAUACACCACCAGCAAUCACAUCAAAUAUGCUCUCACAAAUGGAGACCAUGGCAUAAUCAGGACCCUUGACCUGCCUAUUUACAUCACUCGUAUCAAGGGCAACAGUGUCUACUGCCUGGACAGGGAAUGCAGACCUAGAGUGCUUGGGAUUGACUCCACGGAAUUCAAGUUUAAAUUGGCACUUGUCAACAGAAAAUAUGAUGAGGUUCUCCACAUGGUACGCAAUGCCAAGCUUGUUGGUCAGUCUAUCAUAGCUUACCUACAGAAAAAGGGCUAUCCUGAGGUGGCAUUACACUUUGUGAAGGAUGAGAAAACAAGAUUUGGUUUAGCACUUGAAUGUGGAAAUAUUGAGAUAGCUCUGGAAGCUGCGAGGGCUUUAGAUGACAAAAUUUGCUGGGAGAAACUAGGUGAGGCUGCCCUACUACAGGGUAACCACCAAGUGGUUGAACUAGCUUAUCAGAGGACCAAGAACUUUGACAAGCUCAGCUUCCUGUACCUGAUAACAGGGAACCUAGAGAAGAUGAGAAAGAUGAUGAAGAUUGCAGAAAUCAGGAAAGAUACAAGUGGACACUUCCAGAAUGCCCUUUACCUUGGGGAUGUCAAUGAGCGUGUAAAGAUUUUGAAGGGAUGCGGACAGACUUCACUGGCCUAUCUGACUGCUGCGACGCAUGGAAUGGAUGAAGAGGCUGAGCAGAUAAAAGCAACAUUUGGUGAAGAUGAGAAGCUACCAGAGGUUGACCCAAAUGCUGUACUCCUCCAGCCACCAGUUCCUAUCACACAACAAGAGAGCAACUGGCCACUACUCACUGUCACUAAGGGAUUCUUUGAAGGGGCUAUGAAAACUAAAAAGGCUGCAGGUGCAUCUGCUGCUCUAGCUGUGGAAGACGAAGGAGGAGAUGAAGGAUGGGGAGAUGAUGCUGAUCUUGUUCUUGAUGAAGAUGGUGGAUUUGGAGCUGGUGGUGAGGGACUAGAUGAUGAAGAUCUGGUGGUUGGAGGAGAUGAGGAAGGUGGAGGUUGGGAUGUAGGAGAUGAUGAUCUCGAACUCCCAGCUGAUUUGGAUGUUGGACCUUCUGCAGGCUCUGAGGCUGAGGGCUACUUUGUACCCCCAACAAAGGGUACUAGCCAGGGUCAAGUCUGGUGUAACAACUCACAACUUCCUGUUGACCAUGUGCUCGCUGGCUCCUUUGAAACUGCAAUGAGGUUGCUCCAUGACCAGAUAGGAGUUGUUGACUUUGAGCCUUACAAGCAGCUGUUCACCCAAACUUACGCUCGAUCUAGAACUGCCUUCAUUGGACUUCCAUCCCUUCCGCCAUUGUUUGGCACUCCACAUAGAAACUGGCGUGAGUCAGGUGCAAGAGGUGGUGUUCCAGCAGUGGGAAUGAAACUCAGUGAUCUGGUGACGAGACUACAAUCUGCCUACCAGCUUACAACAUCAGGCAAGUUUGUUGAUGCCACAGAGAGGUUCAGAUCUAUACUGCUCAGUGUUACACUACUCGUUGUGGAGAAUAAACAAGAAAUUGCAGAGGCCCAACAACUGCUAGAGAUCUGUAGAGAAUACAUAGUGGGGCUUAGUAUGGAGGCAAAACGAAAGGAAUUGCCUAAAGGUUCUAUAGAGGAAGCCAAACGACAAUGUGAGAUGGCAGCCUACUUCACCCAUUGUAACCUGCAGCCAGUACAUCUCAUCCUGACCCUCAGAACUGCCCUCAAUCUCUUCUUCAAACUGAAAAACUACAAAACAGCUGCCUCAUUUGCCAGGAGGUUACUAGAAUUAGGGCCCCGACCAGAAGUAGCACAACAAACUAGAAAAAUCUUGGUUGCUUGUGAAAAGAACCCAACAGAUUCUCAUGAACUGAAAUAUGACCAACACAAUCCAUUUGACAUCUGUGCUGCUUCAUAUACACCCAUAUACAAGGGCAAACCAGUAGUGAAGUGUCCAUUGAGUGGAGCAUGCUACUUGCCUGAGUUCAAGGGUCAGACAUGUAGAGUCACACAGGUAACUGAGAUUGGAAAAGACACGAUAGGAUUAAGAAUAAGCCCCAUGCAGUUCAGGUGAUCUACCAAUAGAGACAGAUAGAUAUAUUUUAUAAUUUAUGAAAAGAGGUUCAUUAUCCCGGGGACUAUAGAAAAUCUCAUAUUCCAUUCAACAUUGGAUAAUAAGUUGUGAUCAGCGAAAAUAUGCUGUGAUAUUUCAUGAGUCGAGUUUAAGGAAUAGUAUCUCCAAUAGAACAGACUUGUCAUAUUCUAUUUGUGUAUUGGUCUGAAAAUGAAGAAUUAAAUUCUGUACUAAGGACUUAUUAUGUGAAGAAGUCAAACCUUGAACACACGUUCCAUUAGAAACAUUUCAAUUUUUUGGAAGUUCAUGUUAGAUUCAAUCACUUUCAGUCUGAAAUGUUCCAGUCUAAUAGCUAGCUAUAUUAGAGAAAAAUGUGCAAUAUUGGUUGCAUUUCAAUAGACAGGUGUAUUGUUUGAAAAAUAAAUUUUAAAAGUUAAUUUUUAAAAUAUUUUGCAAGCUUUUAAAAAGCUUCUUAAAUUUAAUGAUGUACAAAUAAGGGAUUAAUAAAGAUAUUAUGACGCUAACAAA